UAUAUGUGUUUGCUCGUGGUUCUGUAUGUGUGUCAGUAACAGAUAAAGCGUGUAGAGUGCGGAGCGCUGUGUCAGAAUACGGUUUCCUGGCUUGAGGAACAGACUGUGCAUUAUCAUCUGUCAUUCCAACCCCCAGAUAUGAGGCUUUGCUCCUGGGCUGGACCCCAGUGUUAUGUGCCUUUCCUGGUUCUUCUGGCUGUUCUUCCACAUGUCACAGCAGACCAGGACAACCCCAAGGAGAGACAUUACUAUGUGGCUGCUGUUGAGAUUGACUGGAACUACUCGAGCAAGGAUUCUCUUGGGAACGAUUCCACCUAUAAGAAAGUAGUCUUUAGGGAGUAUGAGAGAGACUUCAAGCAGCCCAAGACUCAUCCAACCUGGCUAGGUCUGCUGGGUCCAACGCUGAGGGUUCAGGAGGGAGAGACCAUUGUGGUCACCUUCAGGAACAUGGCGGACCAGGAUUACAGCCUCCACCCACAUGGAAUCGCUUAUGGCAAACAGUCGGAGGGGGCUUCGUAUUUUGACAACACCUCUCUGAAGGAGAAGGAGGACGAUGUGGUGCCCCCUGGUGGUGAGCACACGUAUCACUGGAAGGUCCCCUCCGCCGUAGCUCCGCAGAAAGACGACCCCGCCUGCCUCACCUACACCUAUGUCUCUCACCUAAACGUGGUGAAAGACUACAACAGUGGCCUCAUCGGCACCUUGUUGCUCUGCAAGCCAGGCAGUCUAAAUGAGUUUGGCGAGCAAGUGCAUUUCCCACAGGAGUAUGUGUUCCUGUUCGGGGUGUUUGACGAGAAAGAGAGCUGGUUCACCCCAGCAGGCUACUCCUCAAGCAACCACGUGAUGCACACUAUCAAUGGAUAUGCCGCGGGCUCCCUACCAGAUGUCGGCAUCUGUGCUCACAGCACCGUGAGUCUGCAUCUGGUGGGCAUGAGCUCCGAGCAGGAGGUGUUCUCUGUGCACAUGAACGGCCAAGUGCUGCAGCAACGGGGCCACAAGAUGUCCACCGUGGGGCUGGUAAGCGGCUCGGCCACCACUGGCAGCAUGAGGGCCGUUCACCCAGGCCGCUGGCUCCUGUCCUCACAGACCAACAAGCACAUGGAAGCCGGCAUGCAUGGCUUUGUGGAUGUGAGGACUUGCAAGGGCUUCGAAGCUAACCGACGUAGGUUGACCAUAGAGCAGCAGCGCCACAGCAAGGAGUGGACGUACUACAUCGCCGCUGAGGAGAUCAUGUGGAACUACGCCCCCAAAAUGCCAGCAUACAUUGACGAGGACUUCAAGGUCAAUUACCUUGACCAGGGUAACCACAGAAUAGGCGGGACUUACAAAAAGGCUGUCUAUACACAGUACACAGAUGAAACGUUCACCGAGAGGUCAGAGGAAAAGCAGAGAAAAGCAGAGGUCGGCAUACUGGGCCCUGUGAUCAGGGCCCAGAUCAGGGAUGUCAUCAAGGUGGUCUUUAAGAACAUGGCUUCCAAGCCCUACAGCAUCUACCCACAUGGGCUGACCAUCGAGAAGUCACAAGAGGGAGCGACGUAUCCUGAAGGAGGCAAUCAGACCCAUGCUGUCCAGCCAGGACAGACACACCGCUAUGAGUGGAAAGUGGCUGAAGAAGCUGAGCCCCUGGUUACAGACGCACGGUGCCUGACCUACCUGUACCACAGUGCAGUGGAUACACCCCAGGACAUCGCCUCCGGGCUGAUAGGACCCCUCCUCAUCUGCAAGAGUCAGUCUCUGAAUAACUGGAAUGCACAGAUUAAAACAGACAGGGAGCAGCAUGCCAUGUUCAUGGUGUUUGAUGAGAACAAGAGCUGGUACCUGGAUGACAAUAUCCAAAGCAAAUGUGGUGAAGAAACUGUGAACAAGGCAGAUCCAGACUUUUAUAAGUCGAAUGUCAUGCACACGAUUAAUGGUUAUGUGUUUGAGAGCGGUCAACUUUUGGGAUUAUGUAAUGGGGAAACUACCUCUUGGCAUUUGUCAAGUGUUGGAGCACAGGACUACAUCCAGUCUGCUACUUUCUAUGGCCACACUUUUAAUCUCAAUGAUCGCACUGAAGACAUCCUCGGACUCUACCCUAUGACAGGAGAAACAAUCUUCAUGAACAUGGACAACAUUGGGGUCUGGCUGCUCACAACUCUGAACUCCCAGGAGUCAACCAAGGGCAUGCGAUUGAGGUUCCAAGAUAUGGAGUGUACAAUGUACAAUGAGUCAAACAACGAAUUUUCUUUGUGGGAACCCCCGACUUUGGAAGAUAUCAAAAAGGAAGACGAAUUGAAAAAGAAGCAAAAGGUUGAAAAUAAUCAAAAAGUAGAGGUUGAUAUUGAAACAGAAAGGUACAUAGACGAACUAGGCCUUAGAUCUCUAAAGGAGCAAAGCAGAGAUUCAGACGUCGAGCAGAUAGACCUCUCUCUCCUUGACUAUGAUGCAGUUGAUGUUGAGAAUUCAAUCUCUGGCUCCCCAGCACCUACCAGUAGCCAGUGGCCAGACACCAGCUCUGAGGAUCAGAGCGAUUCACUAAGCUCGGAGGAAAUAGUAAUCUACCUUCAAAACCACAGUUCAAAUGCCAUAGAAACCAGCCGCUUAGUCCCACGGGGACACAACCAUGAUGAGAAACGCCAAACUGUCCCUUUGAAGAUCCCGAAUGAAAUUGUUAGGUUUCUUGGUUACGAUGCCCCUCUUCCUGAAGCUCAAAUGACCUCAACCCCAAAAAAGAAGCCAAAGACGAACGAGGUGAACCUCCGCCAACUGUCUCAGAAAGGCCGGAGCAUGAAAAUCAAUAGGCGGGAAGAAUUCAAGCCCCAGCCCAGGAGUGGCCCGCCGGUGUCUCCUCUGGGAUUCAAUCCGGGAAUUUCCCCCCGCGGGAUGCAACCCAAUGGGCCGCAGAUACAGCCCGUCUCUAGCAAGGAGGAUCUCAUCAACAUGCUGGGGGUCAUUGGUGUUCCCCGGUCGGACUGGAGCGAUUAUAGGCUUAACGAUCGAGACAAUGAAGCCACCAAGUACUACCCUAAAACUGUGGGCAAGAAUGUGAGGAAGUUUUUUAUAUCUGCUGAGGAGGUGGAGUGGGACUAUGCUGGUUAUGGACAGAGGAAGCAGGAAAAGACACUCCAAACAGGGCGGGAGACCAAAUUCACCAAGGUGGUGUUCCGGGAGUACCUGGACAGUACCUUCAGUACCCCAAACCUUCGUGGGGAGAUGGAGGAACACUUAGGCAUCCUUGGGCCGCUUAUCAAGGCAGAGGUUGGACAGAGCAUUAUGGUAGUGUUCAGGAACAGGGCCAGCCGUCCAUACUCAAUGCACCCAAAUGGAGUAUCUUAUACCAAGCGAACCGAGGGGUUGUCCUAUGAGGACGAUUCCAAAUACUGGUAUAAGUAUGACAAUGAGGUUCAUCCCAAUACCUCCUUCACAUACUUAUGGGCGGUACCCGAGAGGGUGGGUCCAUUGCCAGGCGAGUCCUCAUGCCGUACCUGGGCAUACUACUCGGGUGUCAAUCCUGAAAGAGAUCUCCACUCUGGUUUAAUUGGGCCUCUGCUGGUCUGUCGGAAAGAUACCCUGAACACCAAGCUGGUUGAUGUGAGGGAGUUUGUGCUCCUGUUCAUGACCUUUGAUGAGUCUCAGAGCUGGUACUAUGAGAAGAAUUCUGAGAUGAUGAGGAAGAAGAAGAGUCCUGGACUUGGAAGAGCAUUGGAUCCCAACCUCAAAGAGAAGCUUCAGUUUCAUUCCAUCAACGGCAUUAUAUUUAGCCUGAAGGGACUAAGGCUUUACACCAAGCAGCUGGCAUGCUGGCACCUGAUCAACAUGGGUUCUCCCAAGGACGUUCACACUGUCCACUUCCACGGACAGACCUUCACCCAAAUGAACACCAACAGCUACCGGCAGGCUGUGUACCCACUGCUGCCUGGCGGCUUUGCAACUCUAGAGAUGUGGCCAUCUAAGCCUGGUCUGUGGCAGCUGGAUACAGAGGUGGGCGCCAUCCAACAGAAGGGAAUGCAGACCAUGUUCCUGGUCCUUGACAAUGAAUGUUCCAAUCCCAUGGGUCUUGAGUCCGGGAGUGUGAAAGACAGCCAGAUCACAUCCAACCACGUUAGAGGGCACUGGGAACCACAUUUGGCCAGACUGAAUAACAAGGGUAAUUACAACGCAUGGAGUACAGAUAAGGACAACAGCUGGAUUCAGGUGGAUUUCCUUCGGCCAGUGGUGAUAAGCCAGGUGGCCACCCAGGGUGCCAAAGAGAGGCUUCAAUCCCAGUACGUGGUCAACUACACCAUCUCCUACAGCACAGACCGCAAAAGCUGGAUCUUCUUCAAGGGUGACAGCCCAUCAUUUAGAAAGAGUUUCCGAGGAAACAAGAAUCCUUCUGGUGUGGAAAAGCAAAUACUGUUCCCUCCUUUGAUUGGACGCUACGUUAGAUUCCACCCAGACCACUGGUAUAAACGAGCCACGGUCCGCAUGGAGAUGUACGGUUGUGAGCUUGAUGGUUGCUCUGUGCCUCUGGGUAUGGAGGGCGGACUGAUCAAGGACCAUCAGAUCACGGCCAGCUCCACAGCCACCAGCUGGUUUGGUGGUUCCUGGAAACCAUCUCUCGCUCGCCUCAACUUACGGGGAAAAGUCAAUGCCUGGAAGGCUAUGAAAGCGGACAUAAACCAGUGGCUCCAGAUAGAAUUGACCCAGGUCAAGAAGAUCACAGGCAUCAUCACGCAGGGAGCCAAAUCUAGGGGCAAAGAGAUGUAUGUCGUCUCCUUUGCCCUGGAAUACAGUGAGGACGGCAUACGCUGGACGCAAUACACAGACGACGAGGAACAUACGUCGAGGAGGUUUAUCGGGAACAUGGAUAACAAUGGCCCUGUGAGGAACAACAUCCGCCCACCCAUCUUCUCCCGGUUCAUCCGGGUCAUUCCCACGAGCUGGAAGAGCUCCAUCGCCAUGCGAAUAGAGUUGCUCGGCUGUGACUUUGAGUAACAGACUCAUGCAGACGAUCUUCGACACAUGCACUUUCUUUGAAAAUAUGAAUGCCUAUAGCGCGUGACACACGUGUGUCGAUAAUAUAGGACAUUGGACGGGAACCUUUCGGCUGGGAGUCAAACAACAUGCCUAUAGAGUCACUUAUAGCAGGGGUCCCCAACCUUUUCAGCAUCAAGGACCCGUAUGAUUCUCCAAAAAGUUUCACGGACCGAGAGGUGGUUGGGUUAUGUUGCGCAGAGGUUGCCAAAAAUGCAAACAUGUUAUAUGCAAUCUAAUAACUGCAUAUAGACUUAUGGCAUGUAAAAGAGUGACAGUAUUGCGAAGUAAAUUGAGUUUAUUAAGUGUGCAUGCAUUUCGCAUGAAUUAAAAAAAUAAAUAUAUAUAUAUUUUUUUUUUUCUAGUCAUGUCGUAGCCUCGUUAACCUACGGCCCGGUUAGGAAUGUCCCGCGGCCCGGUACCGAUCCGCGGCCCGGUGGUUGGGGACCGCUGACUUAUAGGACCAGGAGAAACAAGUCGCUUCACUCUACUACAUAAAUACGCUCUUUUGCAUUAGGUUAACUGAACCCAAAAAAAAGGUGUUUAGGUGUUAGCCUCACAGCAUUUCUAUGGAAUCAACUUCAUCGUAUGAAAAGUUCUAAGUAGUCAAGAAAUAUGAUAAUGUUGAUGUAUUGACGUCCUGGUUAAUGAUAAAAUUGAAAGAAUCCCCCAAACCACGCAUAGGCCUAAUAACGCACCUCAAAAUAUAUUUUUUUAUGAUAUGGAGAUUUAUGUAUGAAUUUGUUGUGUUUUGUGUUUAUAAUGUUGCAAAGUAUUUGCUUACUGCUGUCAUAUUCCAGAACGACACAAUUUAUGUAUAUAUUUUUAUCUGCAAAUCAUAAAUAGCCUAUAUUGUUUGUAUUAUGAAGGAAUACGGAUGAAUCUAUAAAUGUUGGUUUCAACAGGUUUGUAUUUCUUAUAGUAUUAUUAAUUCUUCUCUUUCAAUAAUCUGUAUAAAAGGAAAAAUAUGUAGUCAUAUUGGCAAAAAAGUAUGUUAGUUUUAUGGAGAGCUCUGCGUGCCAAUCACUUGUAAUCUUGGGAGAAAGAGACUAACACAAGCACACAAACAUGCAGCCAGAAAAGACUUGUGGGGGAAAGGGCCCUGCUGUGGUCGUUAUGGUUUGUGUAAGAAAUUAAGUAUUCCCUUAAACUGCUGUCUUUAGAAACCUUUUCCCGGCCUUGUGGAGGGUUAAUUGAUGAUGUUGACAUGAGUUACAGAGCUGCGCUCAUAAAUAAAUCAUUUGACCGCAUAGUCCAUAAAAUAACAAAAACAAUCACAUUUUUCAUGUCAGGUUAAAAUUCAGGUCCGGUAUAUUUUUAAAAAGUAUUUAACCUCAAACAUAGACCAUAUAAUUAUAUAAUUAAACCUAUAAUAAUAUUUAAACAGCGAUCUGUUUGUGUACCAACAUUUCAUGUUUUUCAAUACAAAUAAGGACAUGAUCUAUGUUAGCCAAAUAGUCCUAUUCUUCUUUAUUACUUACU